CUCGAGUUCGUCGAUCUCCCGACUCAUGGCGGCCCUCGACAUGUGACAAACCCGGAUGCGGCCACUGAAGGACGCGCCCGAAUCUCCCGACUCUGGUCCCGUUGAAAACUUGUUAGAGCCACGCAAUCGGCCAUGGACCAAGGCGCGCACCCCCUCCGCGACAUCGCCAAUCCGGGCGUAAAGGCCCAGGGCGACCUGCUUAGAGAGCUGCGCGCCGAAGUGGCCGAGUUGCUGGGACGCAACUCGUACAACUUCCCGGGCGCGCAGCCAGUAUCAUUCUCGAGGAGGCAUAUAGAUGAGCUGCGCAGAGAGGACUACUACGUCUGCGAAAAAUCCGACGGCAUUCGCUACCUCCUAUACCUAACUGCGGAUGAGAACGGCAACGAGUGUCACUAUCUAGUCGACCGCAAGAACGAUUACUGGUGGCUGUCGCAGCGCAAUCUCCACUUCCCUCUGGCGCAUGACCGCGCCGCCUUCCACACGGGCACGCUGAUCGACGGCGAGCUGGUGAUGGACAUACUGCCGAACGGCGAGAAGGAGCCCAGGUUUCUGGUUUUCGACCUGCUCGCGCUCGACGGCAAGGCCGACCUCCUCUCCAAGCCGCUGGACAAGCGGCUGGGAUACUUCAAGGAGCACGUCAUGAAGCCGUACAAGGCCCUGUUCGCGGCCUUUCCCGAGGAGCUGCAGUACCAGGCGUUCAAGGUGGAGAUGAAGGAGAUGCAGUUCUCGUACGGCAUCGAGAUGAUGUUCCGCGAGGUGCUGCCCAGCCUCAAGCACCAGAGCGACGGGCUCAUCUUCACCUGCCGCACCAGCCCGUACCAGUUCGGCACCGACCCGCACAUCCUCAAGUGGAAGGCCCCGCACGAGAACACGGUCGACUUCCGGCUGAAGCUCAACUUCCCCCUGGUCGAGCCCAACGAGGCCGAGCGCGCCGCCGGCCAGGCGGAGCCGUUUGUCGACUACGACAGCGUCCCCGACGCGCGGCUGCUGGUCUUCACGGGCGUCGAGCGGGGGAAGCCCGGGUACGAGGAGUUCGAGAGCCCGCUGUACCUGACCGAGGAGGAGUGGGAGACGCUCAAGAGCUGGGGCGACCCGCUGCAGGACCGCAUCGUCGAGUGCUGCCUGGACGAGGAGAAGCGGUGGCGGCUGUACCGGUUCCGCGACGACAAGACCGAGGCGAACCACAUCAGCACCGUCAACAGCGUCCUGACCAGCAUCAAGGACGGCGUGAGCGAGGCCGAGCUGCUGCAGGCCGCCAAGAGCAUCAAGGAUAGCUGGAAGCUGAGACAGCAGCAGCAGCAGCAGCAGCAACAACAACAGCAGCACAGGGAGCAUUGAGAGGGAGAUGAGGCAAGAAUGCCAACGGUUCGGGUGUUUGAAAGAACGGAGGGGGAGAAAAAAAAUAAUCGGAGAAAGGGAGGGAGAGGAAAGGGAGGAGGGGGGGUUGAUAUUCCAUUUUCUAUGGGGCUUGGGGUUUAAGGGGAUCUAUACUGUC